CGUAGCGUCCGAUUCAGUCUGCAUCCGACCGCCGCGAGUGUCGCGUCGUGAAGCUGUGGUCGAACUUCGGGGGGGACACGAGACUCCAAUACGAGUCAGAGUCUAUACGAGUGCUCAUAGUACAACAUCGUGAUCCCGUAUCCUAUAUCUAAAUCGUAUACCUAUCGGUUAUACGUCGUAUUCGCUUCUCAACCCUUGAAUCGUAAAUCGUAAUACGGGAGAGAAAAGAACUGGUGAAAAAUCGUAGUCGCGUGUAUUGGUGUUAUAUAGAGAGGGAGAGAAAGAGAGAGCGGGUCACUGAACGACCGUACGAAGGUAGAAAGAGGGAGAACGAGAAAAUAAAAGAGGGACGGAGAGGGAUUUUCGUCGCGACGUAUACAUACGUAUAUACACGUGCGAAACCGAGGAGAGACGUGAAACACGCGCGUGCGCACCCGCGUAUCACACAUAUACACAUAUAUACGAAAAAGAGGGAGAGAGAGAAAUAACGACGACACGGCGCAGGAAGAGGUAAGAGAACCAGUGACACCGGGAGGGUCGGGUGUUCCUCGUGCAAAACCGCCACCGGAAUAUAUGUCGUGAGUGUGCGGCCGAAGAUCCGCGGAUAGAGGCCGGCCGAUAGUGCGUUCCGGGGUUUAAGAAGGGAAAAAAAGGCGAAGACUCUCUCGGUUGAAAAGCAAUGCGGGUUCAUUGACUGCGUGCCGCGCAAUGGCCGCAUGUUCGUGGCCGAUGCACAGUGCAUGUGUGACAGGAGCUACGAGGAGGACGACGCCGAGGACGACGAGGCCGAAGAUACCGGCUACGACCAAUAUCAAACUCGAGACCUACUGAAAGUUCUUCUUCUUCUCCUUCUUCGGGUCCCUACAUGAUCGAGAAACUCAUCUCGAUCACAGGCAGCGAUAACAGCGAGGAGCACUGGAAUUUUUCGUGCUUUUUACACAGUCGCAGCCGAUCUCCGCAGAACUCUCCCACGGAACGCCGCACCUGCAAGGAUACUGUUAAUUUACCAGGACUCGUCAACAAACGCAAAACUUCGCUACGUUUUCGCUUGAAAUUUCACGAACUUUCAUAGUUAAUCUCUUAAUCUCCGAUUCCGACGACUCUACCAAAGACACAGAGAAUUCUGACGAGAACUUGAACGAUCUCAUUUAAAUUAUCUUUGAGAAAAGAUCACAAAGAAUACGCUGAUUCACUCGGAACCAGUGUACCGUGCACCGUACAUCAGCUUUAUAUCGAUCGGUUUGUCCGUUUCUAAAUUUUAUUCGGACUUAAUGCUCGCGACUAGGUGUUUGGACAGAAAAUCGGCACGGAGUCGCGGGAAUAGCUGGCGAAAAUGUUCGUUUGCUGACGAGAGACAACAGCAGGGAACUGAUCGCGGUGGAAAAUCGUCGUUGGAGAUCGCGUUGAACGUGUCGAGGUGGCGGGACUUAGGUGAGGAUAUUCCGUCGCGUUUGACGUCGUUGUCGUCGUCGUGGUGCGUUGUUCAGCCUGUGGUUCGGCAGUGAGAGAAAGAUAAGAGAGAGAGGCGGGCAGCUAUAACCGGCAACCACACGGUGGACAUGAUUAUUUCAAAGGAUCUGUUCCUCUUUGGCGACCAAGAUUACCUGCGCCUUCCCAGCAACGAGAAGCGCCAGCAACGGGCAAUGGGCCGACCGAUCAUCAAUGCUCCCAGAGUGGAAAGCUCAGCGUUGCAGUUGGUGUACCCGCUGGAUUCUCGUCCGGUGCAGCUAAUCUUCCGGGGGUUGCAGGUGGUCAAGGAGAAACGAGCCCUCCUCCGAGAUGUCUCGGGCGUUGUUAAACCCGGCGAACUUUUGGCCGUCAUGGGCCCCUCAGGUUGCGGCAAAACGACGUUAUUGAACUGCCUGUCAGGCCGUGUAGGCGUGGACGGGGGUGAAAUCUGGCUGAAUCGUGAAAGGCUGACGAAAAGAUGGCGCAGAAGAAUCUGUUACGUGCAACAGCAGGACGUUUUCUUUCCCGAUCUCACAUUACGACAGACUCUCGAGUACCAGGCGAGGCUCAGGCUUCCGGACACGUUUUCGCACUCCCAGAAGAUGCAGUGCGUGGAUCAUAUCAUCGAGGUCCUCGACCUCGCCGCCUGCCAAGACACCAUUAUCGGGGAUUAUACGAAACGAGGACUGUCCGGCGGCGAGAAGAAGAGGACGAGCAUAGCCUGCGAACUUCUCACCAAUCCCUCGCUCAUGUUGCUCGACGAACCAACGAGCGGACUGGACUCGCAUUCGGCACAAGGACUGAUUUCACGAUUGAAGAAAUACGCUGAACAAGAAGGCAAGAGCAUCGUGGUAACAGUGCAUCAGCCCAGUUCCAGGAUGUUCCACAGUUUCAGCAAGAUCCUGCUGUUGAGUCGUGGCCAGGUGGCAUAUUAUGGCCCUACAACGAACAUUGGCAGGUUUUUCUCUACGAUUGGACUCACGCUACUGCCACACUAUAACCCUGCCGAUUUUAUACUGGAGCAAAUAAAGGGGCCAGAAGAGGUUCGCGAGCGCAUCGUGGCCGCGGCGAGGAACACGAGACAGGGACCUGACUGCCCGCCGGAACUUCGUCCGGAGUACAAUCCAAGCCAGCAUCCGCUUUGCGACCAUCUGAUCCAUUAUCACGAACACCACAUCAGCCACAACGUGAAAGAAGACGAAGGUCGUACGCUGUGGUUGGACACACAAAGCCAUGCCAGCAGCAGUGCCAGUUCUGCGGACGACGACUAUGCCUGGCAGUGGCCCACCAGUUUCUGGUCGCAAUUUAAAGUAUUAUCAGAAAGAAACUUUCAAGAGGCACGGCCACGAAUGCUGUCUCGUCUGAAUUGGCUGCAAACGAUAGCUCUCGGCUUACUCGCUGGACUGUUGUGGCUAAGGCUUCCCAGAACAGAAGCGGCACUUCAUGAUAUCCAAGGCUGGAUGUUCUUCAGCACCACGUACUGGAUGCUCUUCGCGCACUUUGGUGCACUCUCCAGUUUUCCUCCAGAACGCGAGGUGAUCAACAAGGAGCGACUGUCAGGAUCGUAUCGGCUCUCGGCCUAUUACUUGGCGAAAAUGGUCGGCGAGCUGCCACUUACGAUUACGUUGCCCGCGGUCUACCAUAUCAUUAGUUACCCGAUGUUGGGCUUCCACAGUCCGGCAGUUUUCGUCACCCUGCUGGCGUUCCUCUUACUCAACACCGUCGUCGCUCAGAGCGUGGGAUUCUUCGUUGGUGCAUGUUGUCUGGACCUGCAAGUCAGUAUAACUGCGUCCGCGCUUUACACGCUCGCCACACAAUUACUUGGCGGUUAUUUGGCGACGGCGGUUCCGCCAUGGUUGGCAUGGGCCAGAUACGCGAGCAUGGUGCACUAUGCCUAUCAAAACAUGCAGAUUCUGGAAUUCGGCGUCGGCGAGCCGAUCACAUGCUCGCAGCCGAGCAAGUUCCAAGAGUGCAGGAACUCGACGACGAUACCGGUGUCUGCGAUUCUAGAAAGCCAGGGCGGCGCCAGGGGUUCCGGUCUUCCACUAUGGGCGAACACGGCCGUCCUCCUGGCGUUCCUAGUGAUAUUCCGCACCCUGGGAUACCUGGUGUUGCGCUACUAUCGCGUGCCCAAGUGAAACGGCGUACAAUGAGAAGAACCGCCUUUCUACUGCCGCCUUAUCCACGAAAUGUUGGAUCAUGGCCGCGAUCGACGGACGUCGGGACGGCCUCGCUACGCUAACGGGAACGUCAUCAUCGUCGUCGUCGUCAACAUCGUCGUCGAGCUUCCCUUUGACCCUUCGUUUCGCCCACGGGCAGCGACAAAGUAGCUCGCGAAACCGAACGGAACAACCCGAACAGAAACCGCGCGCGAAAGUUUAUUUUUCCAGGAUGCCACUGGUCGUCUCGAGACGGCGCAGGGCUUGGAGGUGGUGGUGAAAAGAUAAUCCUCGAACUGGCACGGGUACGUUUUACACCCUCGUAAUCAUUUUCCUACAGAAUUAGGUUCGUCGAAUCGAACGAAUCAAGCGGUUCGAAAGAAGCUGAAUCGAAUAAAAGACACCGAGUCGAACUGUAUAGUAGGACGAUUGAGAUUGCAGCGGGGAGAACGCGAUCGGAAAGAGGAAUUUUUAGAUUUUUUCCUCUGGCAGAAACCUUGUGUCGUACGCCUGUUCCGUGUAUUAUAUUUUGAGGAGUGGAAUGAAUCUUCAAAGGGGAGAGAUUCGAGGGGAGAUAAUUAGUCGAAGAAACUUUCUAGAAAGCGGAAUAGCUUGCCAAUUUUUCUGGGAUUUUUCUCUUUUCAACGCCGCCUACCAAACUAUCGAUACCGCUAUUUUAAUUACCGAGCGAUUAGCUACUAUUUUUAUUAAUUGUACACGCAUCUCGCAGAAUAGAAUACCUCAGACAGACAGGGAAAACCAGCGACCUAAGCGAAACGAGGGGUUAACAAAGAAAAGAAAAAAAGAAACCAAGAUAAUAGGGGUUGAUAGAGAGCGGAGAAAUAUAGGGGGUUUCCGCUCGUUCCCGCUAGCGGCGGGCGAUGAGAUAGAACGCGCGAAAACGCGUGAUCAAGAGACUUGGCGAAGACUAUACAUAAGAUUGUACACGUAGAGACUUUAUAUAUAUAUACAUAUAUAUAUAAUAGAUAGAUAGAUAUACAUACAUAUAUCACGCUAUCACGUGAAGUAAGAGGAAUACGAGAGAGGGUGGAUGAACACGAGAAAGCAUGCGGAGGGAACUCUUCUGUUUUAAUUUCUUGCGGAAACAAGGGUAUAAUGAUAGAGGAAAGAAUGUCUGUAUCUGUGUGUUUACGUAUAAAAACGCGAAAGUAUGUAAGAGUGAACGAGAACGAACGUGAGUGAGAAAGUGUGAGAGCCAUUUCUUUUUACUUUUUCUUUUUUUCUUUCUUUUUUUUUUCUUUCUUUCUUUCUUUAAUAUCUUUUGAAAGAAUCGAUGCGACGUCAUGGCGUCGCGGUACCGACUGAAAGAAAGGAAUCAUAAAACAAACACACACACACACACACACAUACACACGUGACAUUUGUACGACGAUGCAUAUUUCUUAAGCUCAUAGGAGAGGGAGAUGAGAAGAAAUAGGCAAAGCGGAAACUCGCGGAGAUAAUGAAACUUCACGCCACGUCGAGAAUCACCCUACACGAAGAAGAAAGAAACGCUUAGGUUUAAGAGACGUGAAAAUGUAGAAAAAGGAGAAGAAGAAGAAAAAAAGAGGAAGAUAAGAAAACGGAGAGGAACUUUUCAAAUCGUUCUUAGCGACUAUCCACGUUUUACUUUCUACGUUUUUAUUACCGCUGAACAAUCUAUCGCUGCUAAGACGAUAUUCACCCCUAGCUGAUAAGAUGGACAAGCUGCUGCUAAUUCUAUGGAUUAUGAUGAAACUACAUCUCUACCACUUAGUACUUUUUAUUAUCGGACGCUGUAAGUUGCGUUAAGGGAUAUAUCGAGCGAAAAACGACCGUUCAUAUACAUAUAUACAUAUAUAUACAUAUAUAUAUAUAUAUAUAUAUAUAUAUAUAUAUAUAUAUAUAUAUAUAUAUAUAUAUAUGCUGCCAAUUUUGAUCGGUUUGUAGAAAGAGGAAAGCGAUGAAGCGAGAAUAGAGUGAGAGGGAGAGAGAGAGAGAGAGAGAGAGAAACACGUGUGCAAAGAGCGAGAAUGGAGAAAAAGAAUUUUGGAAAGAGUUUGUGAAUGGAACAAUUCGAAUAGAAAUGGAGAAGGGAGAGCGAGCAGAGGUUUAUAGCAGUUAAUUGUUUGCACUUGUCGCGCAUUUUAAACAUCGGGUAACGACAUAUAAAAUAAUUCGAGGAAAGUCAAAGGAAAUACCCGACGUAUGAAAAUAUGUACGAUUUAAUAAGAAGAAGGUUCGUAAAAUGGUUAGGCUGGCUAUGGAAGAUUCGGCAUUCUAAGUCGAUCUUAGAACGUUUGUUGGUCUCUGACGUAAUCUGUGUGACGUUUCUCGAGGAGCUCGACACGUUAUGGGGAUCUAAAUGAAACAUUUAACGCGCGGUAUAAUAAAUUCAUUAGGUCUACCUUGUGUAUAUAGAAACAUAUAUAUAUAUAUACACACAUAUAUAUAUAUAUAUAUAUUUAGAAAAAUCCUAUAUAUAUAUUAUAUAAUAAUAAUUAUUCUUAUCAUUAUUAUUAUUAAUAUUAUUUUUAUUAUAACAAUUUUAAUAAUUAAUAUUAUUUUUUAUUAUUAUUCUAAUUAUUAUUAUCAUUAUGUAUAUGUAAAAACCGCGGACUGAACGAGGAGGCACGCGACGUUUUUAUUUUCUCUUUCUUUUUUAUUCAUUCUUGUACAUUCUUGCACCGACAGAUCGAACGGAGAAAAAAACGGGACACGAUACGAUGAGUAAGAAUAUCAUAACACACACGGGCGAAUACCAAGCGAACCACAAGUAUGUUUCUAUUCAGAGACUUUUUUACCAAACGAUCCAGUUGCGUUAGUUGCAAAAGUUCGAGCAUAUUCGAAUAGGGAAAAAAAGAAUUUUAACUGCAUGGCACAUAGGGAGGAAGAACGCGAUCAGACGAGAUCAAAUAUCCUUUUUCUUCCUCCCCGAAAGAGUGAGAAACCGUACAGCUCACCGUACAAAACCUUCAAAUAAACUUAUGUAUACACACACACAUACAUAUACAUGUAUGCACUAGACAUACAUAUACGUACAGAAGUCACGGAGAGCCAGUGUUUGUUAUUAGUAAGUAAUUAAAUAGAUUAGGUUGGCUGACGUGGAUCGGUCAGGAUCGAUCAAGAGGAACGCUGUGUGUCUUUUAGUCAGCCAAAACGAGUUACGUUUCGAAUCUGUGCGACGAACCGGACGACUCGCCGGAUAUUUAUACCGUGGACCGGUCCACGUAAUCGUCCGCAGCUUUCCCGCGAUGUUAACAAACAAAAUUAGGACGAAUUAGAACGAAUUUUGGGGAACCAUCGCGCGUCCACGAUCUCUAUUGCAUAUCCUCGUUCGGUCAGGCUACCGUUAAUCCCCUUUCGAUUCUCUUCAGAAGCCAAUUUUUCGAAAAUUAUAUAAAAAGAAUAUAUGAUACAAAAUUAUACUAUAUGAAAAGCAACGAGAAAGAAAAUACCCCUGGCGUAGGCAACCAAAACUCCAUGGUUAUCUAAUAAAUGUAUAGAGUUUGAAGCUUCGAUAUUUAAAAGUUUUACAUAAAUUUUAGAAAUAUUCAAAGGGAGGAGAUCUUUGUUAUAAUCGUCCCGGAGGAAUAUCUUCGUUAGGAAAUGAAAAUUGGUAAGAGAAAUAUAGAAAUGGAUAGCUGGUUGCCUACGUUAGGGUUAAAUGAGCCGCUUAUUUGCCAUUUUUAAAUCAGUUAACAGCACGUGACGAAAAACGAGGAAAAUUAACACGUUCCAUACGGUAGGAUCUCUACGACUCCUACCUUCCACGACGAAAACAAUUCGGUUUACUCGUUCCUAGAAAAAAAGAUGGACACUCAUUAAGUCGUUUAAAAAUAAAAAAAGAAAUAAAAAAGAACGACGUCGAUACGUAUACCGACGUCGUCGCCGUAUAACUUCCUCUUCCUCGACACAUGUGUCGACUUCGCAUUGAACGCGUGUUGAUCAAGUUAUAUAAGAUAAGCGUCGAUCAAGUGCUUCGACGCUAACAUUUCAGAAAUGUCGAAAAGCGGAGGUAACCACUUUGGCCUGUAAACGGCUCAAAUACAGGUGAACCAGUGGCAAGAAAUCGAAACGAAGAGGGGAACAGGUGCCGACCGAACGAUCCUCGACUUUCAAGGCCGCGCGACGGGAUUCGUCCGGUGCACGCACAACUAAACGCAAUAUCCACCAAGUGUUCAAAGUUGGUUCGGUGUGGAACGAAGAGAGGGUGGGUGGAGAGACGUUAGGACGAGGAGAACGAGUUGCUUCCCAAUAAAAGUAGGAUUUAAGGGGAAUCGGUCCAGAGUUGAGAUUAGGUACGCUGUAUCGGAACGAACAACACGGAGUGACAGAGACGUUUAAACAAAGAUUUGGCUGUGUCAAUGUCUCUAACGACUUUUUAUUCGUUCGUAACGCUUUCUUUUUUCUACUUGAACGAUUUCUAAACAAAGAAAGAGGGACGCAAUGGAAGAGUGAAAGGGAGGGAGAGAAUGUGGAAGGAAAAGUCGACGAGAAAGCCGGAGAGAAAGAGAGAGUGCAGGCGAGAGAAGAGAAUAAGAAGAGCGCACACCGGUUAGGAAAAGAGAGGAGAACACCACGUUCGAAAGUCGUUCACCGUCGUCGUUCGUUUUUUUGCGCUACCAAAGUUCGGUUUUCUUCUUUCCUGAGGCUUCGUUCGUCAGCUUCAAAAGAGACAUUUUCAUGUUAAAUCUUUACUGUUACCUCGGCGAUGAGGUUGUGCAGCUUCAUGCACGUAAGAUAUUAAUCACUGCCAAGGGAGAAGAGAAAAUUGGGAUUACUUGGAGAAUUUGACGUGUCAGCUUUUUUGUGGAAUUUCCAGGUUGAAAUUGUUCGAAUUGUGUCAAUGUGUUCGAUGAGAAAUGAGAUAAAAUGUAAUGUAAAUGGAGAAUGGUACAAUGGGCUUCAAUAUGGAAGCCCGAUAGGAUAAAUUCAUAUUAGAAAUUAUUGGAAAACUGUAUUUAAUGUUUGUUAGAAAUUGUAAGUGCGAUUUGCACAUAAAAUAUCACUGCCAGAAAGACUAAGAUCGUUUAUUAAGAAAUUCAACUUUUAGAACCUUGUAGAAUUUUUUAACGAAACUCGUUUUAACGGCUACGUAGAAGUUGUUUGACACGAGUGGAGAAGUUCGACAUCGUUGAAUUUUAAUUUCAUAUCGUGUCGAUAUCUUUUUUUAAGAAACUAGAAACCACGUGAUAUCUUGCGAUCGCAACACAGGAAUUGAAAAAUUAUACUUGCCUCUAUUUAGCAGAUGCAAUCUGCUGUAACUUUAUAAUGAAACGUUUCUCUUUUUCCAUUUUUGUGCUACAUUUAUGUAAUACAUCAUAUCUAAAUCUACACCGAUAAAGCUUCAAAAGAAGCUGUUUCAUUCGAUGGAGGAAAUACCACUUUGCUUGCAAAAAUUCCAUGUAAAGAUUAUAAAAGAAAAUUCACAAUCUACGCGAAACUUCUCCGUUCACAGCAAACGAUAUCUACAUAUUUAUUUAGGUAUAGCGCAAUGUCUGUCAAAGCAUAAAAUAAAAUAUAAAAAGAUAGAAGGCUUUUUUAAAAGACAUGUUGACACAGUUCAACCGCGAGAAAAUCGAUUAAACGAUGGUCGGAUAAAAUCAAGACAAACGAUCGAAACCGUAGGAAAGAAGAAAACUAACGGAGGAAAAAGCAAUCGUCGAUGCUUGAGGAGAAAUCGACACAAGUAGCGAUAGCAAGAAAAACACUUUUCCCGCCGUUCGUUGCAUUUUUCCUCGCCGCGAAUCGUCCUCGACUUUUUCUGCCAUUGUGCCAGCGAGUAAACGGAACACGCGUUUUCUCUUACGGUUCGAGAAAGAAAAACCUUUUCUUCGAAGAAGGUUUCCCUUCUCACUCGUUCAAGAGUACUUCCAUCUGUUCUAUUUUACCGUUGUUCGAUGGACGAACGGGACGACAACGUCGUACGGUAUUGCUUUCUCUACUUGUAAAACGACUCUUUCGUAGACGGGUUAUUCUAGGACAUGCAUUGCUGACUAUACACUGCGGGCCAUAAGUAUUAGAACACCGACUCGUUACAUUUAUUGAAAAGCUCGAGUAAAUUUUACUUUAUUAACAAGUGUUUUGCAUUCUAAGAAGGUACGUAUGAUGCGAACGAAGCAACAGAUUUACAAAUAAUUAGAAAUAAUUAGAAGAUGAAAGAGGCGAAGAACAUUCGAUUCUUACUAAAUAUCAUCGGGUGUCCUAACGCUUAUGGUCGGCUGUGUAAGUAUUAGGACACCUACUCGUUACUCGAUAUUAAUCUUUCGACCGGAUCAUUUCUUAACCGGAAUUUAUAAUCAGACAACUUUUGUAAUCGUUAAACCGUGGAUGUUCGUGCAUCAGUGAGAAAUUUAAAUGUGUCACAGUAUACAGAAUGUACGUAAUACAUGCGAAAAUAUACAAAAUAUCCAAAGCGAAAUACCCUUUGUAAUAUUUCAAAGACAAAAUUCUCUAUUUGAAAAGCAUUUAUUUAAUCGCGUCGAUAGAAAGAGAAAAUCGCGCGAACAUCCGCGAUCUAAUAAGCGUGAAACUAAAAGCAAAUGCAGACGAAUUAAUUACAGCCAGUACAAUUUCUAGGCCUUGUAAUGUAAACAAAAUGCAACUGAUUUUUAAGAGAAAUUAUGAGAACAUAUAUAAAAAUAGGACAUCUAUAAAUAGAGAGAUUAUUGUGUCCAAAAGAUUGUUAAUCCGAGUAACGAGUUAACUCAUCCUACCUCCUGGUUAAAUGGUUAAAGAUCUCUAAGAAAUUUUACUUUAUUUAAUAUUUUAUAUUAUAAGGCAUAUAUGAUGCGAAUUAAAUAAAAAUAAAAGCAGUAAAAAGCACUCGAUUUAUACUGAAUAUGAGCAAGUGUGGUAAUACUUGUGGCUGACGGAACCUAUACAGAAAAAAAGGAACAUCACUGGCCGGAUCGUUUUGGAAUUAAAAGAUCGUCUUUUCAAAAUUUUGAUACUCGUAUUGUAUUAUAUACACUAUACACAGCGUCCCGACAUUUGUAUACGUUUACAAAUUACCCUUUUUGCGGAGGAAAGAACGUCGAACCUCGACGAUCGACGUAGACGUUGAAUCUUAAGAAGCAUAUAAAAUAACAGAGAAAAAUAGAGGGAAGAUAAAAAAUGAAACACCGUGAAUCAUCAAGAGUUUUACGAUUUCAAGCUCGCCCAAAAACUCUGCAAUUUCUAUAAAUAAUAAAACUGCCAUUCUUUGAUAAUCACAUUCCUGAGAAGCGGAUCGCGAAUUUUUAUGCGUUUAUAUGAAAUUUGAUGAUGUUAAAAAUUAACGUAAUAUGCAAGAACGUGUAACAUAUUCAAAGUAUAAUACUCGUAACAAUAUUUCACGGGAAAAACAAUUUUCUACUUAGAUUUCGUUUAUUCGAUCACAUCCACGAAAACACGAAUUUAUUUGGAUAGAGAGAUAUUAGUAAAUUAAUCUACAUGAUUUUAAAGCAUAAAAAUGCGCAUUUUAUCGACGACAUUUAUCCACCUGAAUCGAUGCAAAUCUCUGAAUUUUCUAAUCUCACGAAUACCGAUCAUCGAUCGUCGAGUUCGAUGGAAAACAGUAUAAUUCUCGUAUCGUACAACGUUAGGCAGACAGCGAUCGCGCGUAAUCCGUAGUUCGAACGAAACAUUCGCGAUCCUCGAGUUGAUCAGUUCGAGGAAGCUACACACGCUUUUUGCACUAAAACUACAAUAAGACUGAGAAAACGUUUUUUAUACAUGUUGACGUGAGUCACGAACCACGACACCGUCUACGAGGGACUUUCUUGUAAUUCAGAAUCUUCGUGUGUUGCACCCUUGCGGUCUGUACGACCGAAAUAUCGAUGAACCAGCCAUACCGUGAUCUCUUCAUGGAGCUUACGACGGAAUUAAUACAGCCAAAUUCUCUGCGGAUGAUAUUUUUCACGUUUCUUCUAGCUCUGGCUUCUUCUUCGCAAACACGAGUCCAUGGAAUAUGUAAUGGAGCGAUGAGAAUGGAACAUAGUAGACGUGAAGAUGAGAAUUCGAAAGGGGAUGUUUAAAUUAGACUUAAAUUAGGCUUGUGCGAGAUUAGUUUGAUUAUCGAGGCUAUUUGCUGAUUUAUUACUGCCAGAACUUAGGAGUAAAUAUAUUUAUAGGAAAUGAACGUAGGAGAAUGGAAGAUAAUAAAUCUAUGGUGCUGGAGUUUCUUAAGUUUCCUAUGAUAUAAUAUUUCAAAACGCUAAAGUGAUUUAGAUGAAAGUUUAGGAUAUUACGUUCACUAUAUCUUCGUUUUCAGUCAAAUCAGGAAUAUAGAUGAUCGCGUAUGUAUUAAGACACCUUUUGCUUCAUCUUUUGGAUCAUUUUUUAUUCCUGUUUUUUAAUCGUUAAAAACAUUUCUCAAGUCAAAGACUGGUAUAAAGGAACCGUUAUUAAUAUGGAUGAUUUUGUUGCUUAAUAUUUCAAUUUUAUUCAAAUGACUUCUUUGGAACGUUAAAGUCCCUUCGUUCGUCGAAACGGAAGAGAUCGAAGAAUAUGGAAAUGUAGAAACCAUAACAGGAUUAAAUAUAAAUACCUAUUGCCUAAUUUAUACAGUCAUCUUCUCUCGAGAGUAAAUUGAUUUUUCUAUUUGUUAAUUUGCGAAAUUAAAACAAGCACCAGAUGUAACAGAAUAUUCGAAGAAAAUGGCGAGGAUAGACAAAGAUGAUCUUGAUUAAAUAUAAGUGUUAAUGUAACUGUGUCUCAUAAAACUAAAUUAAUCCUCUUACUUCCAACUGAUAAAUCGGUAGCAGAAAGAACUAAAAAUCUACAGAAAUAAAAUAAAAGAAAAAAAAAAUGUAUUCAAGCAAAAUGAAGGGAGUAGACAGCAAAAAUGGCCUCGAGCAAACGAGUGAAUCCGCACAGACUGUAUCUUCCCCUUCUCUACGCGUCUCACGGGAGGGACCCUGCUUUCCCGGGGUGAGAAUAGGAAUGUUGAGGGCGACGAGACGUGAUAUAACGCGUGAAUGUUUCGCUUUACAAAAAUAGUGCCUUUUUUACAAAGACUCUGUUGUUUGUGCCAAGUCGAGUUCAAGGAAUGCGAAUGCGUACACUCUCACAUAUAAACGUAUAACACACACGUAGACACGCAUAAAGACACAUUUUACACAGAUACACACGUAGGCGAAUAUCUGCGAGACUUACGAGAGAGGGAAGCGACCCAGGGGGAAGAUGUAGAUUUAGAAAGAACGAAAGGAAGAGGAGGGGGUAACGUUGAACUUAAAAAAUAAGAAGAUGAAGAGACUGACGAGUCGAGGGUGGAACGGCAAGGACGAAAGAUUGAAAAGCGUAGCGUUUGGUCGUCUGGGAUUUCUGAAAAGAUGUCGACGAAGAUUCGAUGAGAAUUCUUCUUUUACGAAAAUAUUAAGCUCGGAGACUUGAUAUUUUCUAGAUUCUUUAAAUCUGCUGCGAUUCUUGGAUUUCUAUAUUUCAAUAUUACUCUCAUUUUGGAUGACAAAUCUAGAAUGUUAAAAGAUUGUUCAGAAUGUUGUACGAAGAGGAUUUUAAAAAGUUUUAAGCAAAUAAACAUGCAGAAUUUAAUGACGUAUACGUUCCGAAAUACUCAAUAUAGCAUAUUCGGAAUAUUAUUGAAAUUGUCCUGAUGAAAGUUUCGAUAAUGAAUCGUUGUUUCGAUCCCCUGUCUCGAUGCGCCGAUCUCUGACCGGUGUUCUACCUUUUAGAAACAUCCUCGUUGCUCGCGCACGACGAUCUCGAAGAACAAAGAAAUAAAUAAAUAAUAGAACAAUGAAUAGGAAACGGGAGGAAGAACAGAGACUAGGAAGAAACUGAAAAUGAGGAGGUUUGCUAGAAAACGUAGAAAUAUCGAGCAUCAUUCUAUACACGCGCACAUACGGUAUGCCAGUAACAGCAGCAACAAAAGGAAAUAGGAAUAAAACGCACGUACGAACACGCACGAACAUAGUACACGGCCACGAUCAUAUUGAAACACAGAGAAUGAGAGCGGAAGAGGGUGCGUUUCUUUCUGGAGAACGGAGGUCGAACAAUUUACCUGUGAAAGUGUGACAGUGAGAGCGAGAUUGUUAUAUGUGUGUGUAUGAGACAGAAGAAGAAGAAGAGCACCGCGGGACUAACAUAAAGGAAAAGAAGAAAAAAAAAAAAAUGCAAAUGCCAAAAAGUGUUCCACUAAUUAAUGCCGCCGUGGAUCCCCAAAUUAGUACCUAUUAUAAAGAAAAAAGAAAGGAAAGAAAAUCGAAUGAAAUUGCGAGUAAUAAUCGAGUACAUAUGUAGAAUGUGUGCUAAAGAAAAUGAAGGAAAAGAAAAAAAAUAUGACGAAAGGAAAAGAAGUUAAUAUAUUAACUUUAGUUACGGUUAUAUAUAUAUACGCAUAUUAUAUUCGUGUAUAUAUAUAUAUAUAUAAGUGUGUGUAUAUACAUGUGUGUGUAUGUGUGUGUGUGUGUACACACACGAGCGAAUGAGAAGCACACGGACACGCGCUGUACUGAUCAAUCGUUCGCACAACGAUUGUCAUAAAUUAUAAUACACAUACAUCAUACGUACACGUGUCAUAUAUAUACAUAUUAUACACAUAGGUACACACACACACACACAGAAGUUCUGUUUUAUCGUCAUCCCUCCAGUCUAUCAAUCUUCGCACAUGAAAAGAUAUUUCGAGACUGCGUAUUGUACAUACCAUAAAUAUCGUACAAGAUAUACAUACAUAUACAUAAUUAUAUAUGUAUAUUAAGACGGAUGAUAAAUACACUUAGCACUAACAUGAUUACCCUAUAUCAUUAAUAUGAUUAUUAUUACAUGAGAUGAUAUUAAUUAACUGAUAGUAUUAUACCUGUUGUCCUGAUCAAAGGACAGACGCGGUUUUUCAUGGUAGAUCUACCUACUUCCCCUAUCCCGAUCCUCCUCCCCUCUCCUUCCGCGCCGACAAUUUUAGGAGGAAAUUGAAAAUCGUUAUACAUAUAUACAUAUAUAUAAUAUACAUAUAUAUGGAGAGAGAGAGAGAGAGAGAGAGAGAGAGAAAGCGUUAUCACACUUUGAUUUUACCGAUAAUCGUUAAAUAAUCGUCAUUGAUAUAAACGAUAAGGAUUAUUAUUAUUAAUUAUUAAUAUUAUUAUUAUUAUGAUUAUUAUAUUAUAUCAAAUUGUAUUAUUAUUAUUAAUAUUAUUAUCGUCAGCAUCGCCGUUGUCAGGGUCGUUCCGUCGGCCCUCCAUCGUUCAUCGUCGCGAGAUCAUCGUCAUCCUCAUCGUUUCAACCUGAACGCCGGUUUCUUCCGAUUUCUUAUCUCUUUUGCUCGCCAUUUUUUCUUUCUCUUCUUCGCGAAUUCGUUGAGUUUCAUUCGAGAACUUUCUCCUUCCAUUUUUGUUUUUCAAUUCUUUCUUCUAAUAAUGUAAAUUCCCAUAAUUUGAUCGUGGAAAUUCGCUCCCUUCUUCCUUCGAACCCGCUUCUUCGUCGCAGGCCCGAUUCCUUCUCGUUGCCGAAGAAUGAUCUCAAUUGAAGAAAGGAAGAUUCGAAGACAGGAGAUCGUAUCGUCCCGUGAACGAUAGCCGAUUUAUUCGAACGAUCGCUACGUUCGGGGCGAGCUGUCUUUGUCUCGCACCUUCUGACGAUGGCGUCUGCGCGCGGCGCGCCAUUUAGACACGUAUAACGAUUCCUUCCACCUGUUUUUCAUUUUUCUAGAAACGUUCUAAGAGUCGUGGCUGUUCGUGGAAGGAACCCUUGCACGAUUAUCAUCUUGUCCUUCGGGAAGAAGGGGUAAUAUCAACAUUUCCUUUCGAUUUAAAUAUCUCUUCUUCUCCAGCAACGAUGAUUCCAAUGCGCGGCACGCGUGGCGUUAUCUUCGAUAAAAAUGUGAUUCCCCGAUUUUACGAGCGUCUCCUGCAAAUUAGACUGAUUUAAAAAAAUGAACUAAAAUUCGGGGAAUCGAUGAAGAAGAAAAAUGUUCUUUGAACAUAAUGUUUGAAGCGGCUUGUAGGAUUUUGCGAGAGUUUAAAAAUAGUGGAGUCUUUGAUGUAGAUCGAGGAUCUCGGUGCCAGAGAUGCGUGAGAAGAAGAAGCACCGAAUCCUGUUAUCGAUGUUAUCGUCCUUUAUUGUCCCCCUUUUCCCGUUACUUUGAGGCGUGCGUGUACAUGUGUGCUCGGUGAGAGUAAUGCGCGUGCGAGCGUAGGCGAUCUUGAAUGGAGUUGAAUCGAAUAAUCAGCUUCGAUAUCGACGACUAGCCAUUGAAUUUCUUUCUGUUUCCUGUCUUUUUCCUAGGUAAAUCGAGUAACUACUGUUCGAAUGAUAUUUUGACGUUGCACAUCGCAGAAAAAUAGUGUUGCAGGCCAUCUAUGUCUUUAGAGCUGCACUUGUGAUAAUUGGUUAAUAUUAUUUGACAUAAUUUUUAACGAAACCUUCUUCGAAGCUCAUAGAUAUAUAUAUAUAUAUGAAGGAUUUCUCGAUUUAUUUAACCUGUAAAUAAAGUUAGGUUUAAUCCAACCAAUCAGUUUUACGGUAUAUUAUACGGUCGAUCUUCUAUUAAAUUAAGAACUUUUAUGAAUGUAAAGAAAUGUAAAAGUUAUAGAAAAUACUUUCCUUCGAUUAUUACUGCAACACUGCUUAUUUAAUGUUAUUUCGUUUUAAUCACUUUUGUAAUACCACAUUCGAGAAAAUCGAAUCUGACUAAGUUGAAAUUGAAUGUUCGAUUCGACGACCAAAGGGCGAGCCGAGUAGUGCGAAACGCUCGCACGUGUCCCAAAAGAAACUUAUAGCGAACUUGGCCAUUGAAUGUUACCGAUGUUCUUCGAGCACAGUGAAUUCACAAGCGAGAACUGUGCGGCUUCGAACUCUGAAACGUUCGUGCGCUUUCUUGAAUUUGAAAUUACGAUAAAGUAGACACAAAUUGAUCAUGAUAUAAAUCUCGUACAAAUUCAAGGACGCGAACGGCCUUCUGCUCAAAGCAAGUGUUACCAUUCUGCCGAGCACAAUUUGAUCUUGUAUAAAUAAUUAUUAAUAAAAUUAAGAAGAUGCCAAUAAAUUACUGUAUAGUUAAAAAAAUAAGUAAUUGUAUAGCUACUCUUAAUUUACUUAUCGUACGUAUAUUUCGAACGAUCGUUGUCAAUUCGUCUCUUCGGAUCCAAUAUGGCGGACCAACUAUGGCAGUCGUUCUAAUAAAAGGAAGAAAAAAAGGUCAAGCGAAAAAAGCGUUUCGAUAGUGAAAUUUUAUGAAGCAUUUGUUAAAGAUAGUGUGUCUGUAUUUUCAAAGCUAUUCGUUGGUUAUUGCAUAAUAAUCUACAAGCUCAGAUUGUGCGCGGCCAUCAUAACAUUUAUUAGUGACUAAAAAACGCGCUGUUGCAUACUCGAAAUGUUCGCUUCGUAAUUUAUUGUAACCGUUAAAGAAGGAGAGAAAACGAAAAAAAAAAGAUAGCGAGAGAUUGUCGAAAAAGCUGUUUAUCGAGAGAGAAAAAAGAAAAAGAUUUAUUAUAACGUAGUUCUUCCUCGAACUGAUGUUGAGAAAUGUGAAAAAAAUAAAAGAAUUAAAUUAUCGACAUCGUGUGCCGGAUCAAAAAAUAUGGACGGGGAUGUAAAUAGAUGGCGUCGCUGGCUGUGCUGUGCAAAUUGUUGAAUAGCGAUGUGAUACACACACAUAUAUAUAUACAUAUAUAUGUAUAAAUACAUGAUACAUAUGUAUACAUAUAUAUUUACAUAUACACUAAUUUGCGGACGCGGUAUUACCUCCAAAAAAAAAGAUUGUAGAACUGCAAAGGCUGCUAUUGCAACAGAAACAUAAUUCGAUGGCAGAUUCACGUUAUCGGACGCCAUUGAUUCAAGUAAAGAACGAAUAAACGAUUGAACGACUCCUCGGCGUUUUAACUUUGCGAUAGGAUCAAUGUGAAAUAACAUUCGAAAUGUGUGCUUGUAUCGAUAUUACGUUAUCGGAUAAUGGAUCGAACUAUCGAUGUUGCUCUUACACUCGAAGCCAACUUCAAUCGAAAACAGAUGAGUGUAACGAACGCAAUGGCGACUUUUGCAAUGAUACAUGUUCAUACCGUAUACAUGCAAGCCAUGGUCGUGCGAACUGUAUUCGAUCAAAUACGACAUAUUCAUCGUCUUCGUUCUUGUGCUCUUCGUUCACGUCGUGUUCGUUUCAUUUUCAUGCACUGUCAGCCAUGCGAGGGAACGCUUGGGGACAUCUGACAUUUGAUUCGCGAUUUAAAGCCACCAUGGAAAAUACGAGAAAAGAAAAGGUGCAUAAAAGGACACGUGAACUGAGUGGCGCAAUUCUUCGAUAAAUUCGCUUUUGAAUAAAGUAGAUAGCACCAUAGAUUUAAGAAGUGUUAACCGCAGAUGCCGUGUUGAGAAAAUGGGCCUCGUUGUAAAAGAAAUAGGGAUGAGUAACGGGAUUUCUCUUUCCUUCCCUAUCUAUUAAAAACAAAUAUCUGUUAGAAAGAGAAAGGAAGGCAACGUUAAAUAUCUUUAUCUCUCUUUCAACGAGGACCGCACUCUUCAUAAGACACCCACGGUCUAUACUUCUUACAUAUGUCCAUGGAUAGGAUACGUGUAAGUGAAACCACGUUCCAAUUCGAGCGGAGACCACGCAUUUCGAUUUCGAUAUAUCGUCUCGAUUCAACAAAUCGGACGCUGUCCCCCCGUGUUCACGUCGAAAUAGCGCGUCGCGAAUCGCGCUGGAAUUGGAACGAAUAAUCGGAAACGAUCUUUGUGGCGGAGCGUGUGAUUGUUGAAGCGGUUCGAGCCUCGAGAUAUUCGAGAAUCAAACUCGCCUUUAAUCGGUCAACGUCGAGUCGAGGAGAACGGUUCAUUAGUCUCAAUUACUAGUUGGAAUGUCUCUCGUGGUAAAACAAGAGAGGCGCGCUAAGCUUGAGCUCGUAUGUAUAGUCGCAAACAAUCGACUUUCGAUCUAUCGUUGUAAUCACUGCCAUGUCGGCGACGCAGAGUCAGUAAACGAUGGCGAUUUUGUGUAGAGAGAUACAUACUUCGUUGAUUUGAACCCACGAAGCGAUGCGCGUUUACGAUAUUGUAUUUUAUUGUUAUUUUUCUGCUUCGCGAUGCAUUUACUUUUAUUCCGAAUUAAAAUAUGAAACACUUGCGAAUUUUUCUAGCAAUAAUUCCUUUUUUUUCUCUUAAAUUAUUCACUUAUUUAAAUAAAGUUACUACCACCCAAUUCACCCAGUACUUUAUUCAUUGAGUAUUAACAUGCUAUAAUAAAGUGCGAUUAAAUAUUCAAAUGAAAUUAUCGUAUUAUUUUAUGGACCGCAUCGUGUGUGGCUUCAGCAACAAAGUGGCGUUUCUUAUUAACUGUGUCUCGCAAACAUUCUAUCGCCGGAACAACAUUGUGUGUCCGGUUUGUUAAGAGACUUAAGUCUCUUUACAAUAAAUCUCACUUCUCAAGAAACUUCCGAUUGAGCCUUCGAAGUUACUCCAUAUGAGCUACUUCUUAGGAGUACCAUUAUGGACGUUGUAUCGUGGGCGGAGCUCCAAUGCUGGUAUUAGAGAGUUGCUGGCAACUUACGAUUAAAGAUGUGACCAAAUAGACGAUAUUCCCUUUCGAUUGCGUCUUUUGAUUCGCGAAUUAUAUUGGAGAUUGAGAGGUACCAGUGGAGCGCUGUCCACGAAACUGGUUCAUUUGUUUCUUAUCUGUAGCAUCACCAAUUCAUAUAAUGCGUCAACCUCGAACGAUUCUGAAGCAGCGAUUUUCAACAUUUUCAUCUCACAGAACACAUAAAUUGAUUAUUAAAAUUCUGCGGCAUGACAAAAAUUAUAUUGUUUUAGCUGUUGUCAUUCUUUUAUUUGACAAUCUAAGAAAAAAGAGGCCAAUGUCCUUAAUUAAAUAGUUAGAUACUGCAUCUUUCAAAAAUUUUUACGGCACAUGGUUGAAAAUCGCUGUUGUAGAUUCUAGAGCAUAAGAAGUGCGGUGAUCGGAGAUUUUGGUCACUCGAUGUUCACAAGCGGAACCCGGUCACUGCUGCGCAAUACACAGGCGCAGUCGUCGCUGGCGGGCAGCAACAUCGGUUCGAUGCGAUGGGUCGAAUCUAACCUUUCGAUCUUCUCUGAUUUCGUUUAAUUUCUUACGAUAUCAUAUAAUUAUUAAACGAUAAUGAUUCUUAUGUAAGAGCUACUACGCAUAAGGGUGUUAUAUGUUACGUUUCUCGAAUUUUGUAUGGGCCAUACGAAACUUUGUUCCUUAGAACAUUGUUGAGUGGAAAAAAUAUCUUUCGCACUGCAUUCCUUAUGCACAUUGCGUGCUGGAAUUUGGUGCAUUUAUCAUAAUUGAGCAGGCAUUAUUACGAUUGUGUUAUAAAAUAACAAACAGGAAAAUGAAAGUGGAAGAAAUAAAAAGAGGCGCAUGUGCAUUUAUAAAAGCGAAAGGAAUUCAGGGAGAGGUAUGAGAUAACACGCGUGAUUGUACAUGUGUGUAUGAAAGAGGAAGAGAAAGCAUUUGCAAACGAUCAUGUUUAUUCUUCACCAACUGUACGCAAUAUGAAAUUGAGUAUACAAAGCAGAGCAGCGAGAACCAUUUGUCCUAGUCCUAGUAUUCAAACUCAUCACCAUAAUUUAUAACCGAUUUCAAUUUAAAUCUAAUAAAAUGAUGUUAUAAUACCAAA